CGGGGUACGUAGCGCGCUUUUUGUUUACCACCGCGAGCGCGCAUUUAAUAAAGUUUUAAUUCGCGUUCAAAUUAAUUAAUUCCGCACCAUGCCAUCGAACACAAACCAACCGGAAUGCCCGGUGAAACUGGUGCCAAACACGCUCGGCAAGCAGCUCGGACUUACUGUGUGCUGGGUUAAGGAACAUCAGUUCGCUACCCUCGCCUUUAGUAACGUGAAAAACCAACAUGCAACGCAGCGGAAGCAACCGGCACCGGGAUCCGGCAACCGACCACCGGUGGUCGACAUACAGCACUUCGAUGUGGAUCUGGUGCUGGACGAGCCGGCGAUUCGCACCAUGGUCAGCGAUUGUGGACGCGUCUUCUACCAGCUGCAGCAGCUCCGCUAUGGCUUGGUCGGUCGCCAGACGCAGACGAUUGAUUUCGUCGAUCAAUCGCUCCGCUAUCGAACGAUCGUACGGCAGGCACUGGACAAGCUGAACCGCCUGCUGAGUGAAUUGAGUCAAUCGGAAGCACAAGAAGAUGCACCGUCGUAUCAUACCCUGAAGUCGUACCAGGAUUUGGUCGCUCUGUUUUACAGCAUCGAGUGUACCUGGCAUCUGCUGGAGUUUCUGCUGCUAGACAGCCACAGCUCGACCACCGUCGUGGCACCGCUUCUGGAGUGGAUACGCCACCAUUACCCCACACCAGCGCUGGAUGCUGCGGAACUGUUGAGCAGUGGGCGCCAGAUCGAUCUACCGGAUAACUUUUGGUCCGUGGUGAAGGCACUCAUCUUGCAGGGUCAAACGACGAUUGCGAGGGCCUUGCUGCGACUGCACGUUGCUGCGGAUACACAAUCGUUCAGUACGGUCGAUCAGCUGUUGCACUCCUUCCCGAUCUACACCGUGUACGGUGGACUCUCGGUGCACAAGUUUCGUUCGCAGUGGAACUGUUGGACGGGCAACGUGCGCACCCUGCUCGCCACCGGUCACUUUGCCGAUGAACCCAACCUGGAGGAGCUGCUACGGUUAGUGACUGGCGAUCGGCAGACCUGGAAGCAGCAGCUAUCCGGGGCCGAUGGUGCCUGGUACGAGCACUUCCCGGGCUUUCUACUCUACACUGAUUCGACCUGCAAGUACUACGAGCUGCCGGAGCACGUCAAUGAGUGGAUGGGACUGUUCCGGGAGGCUCACUCACUUUCCUCCUCGACUGGAACCUCGAAAAACACGCUGCUUGACAAUCUGGUUCUUGCCGUCAUGGAGAACGAUCUGAUUAAGCUUCUGCACCAGAUACAGCAGCUUCCGGACAAUGGUUGGUUCGCCGUCCAUCUGGUCGAUCUGCUCUUCCAUGCCGGCCAACUCGAUCUUGGCCGAUCGCGUCUACCCGAUGAAGAUGCGCCCGGUAGCGAGGUAGCAGCGUUGCCAGGGGACGGUACCGUGGAUAACGGAAAGCUGAUGCGCGAAUCGCUGCUGUACGAGUUUGGUACGAUGCUCAUGACGCACCGUACGCUGUGGCUGCUCGGUAUGGAUUAUCUAGAGUUUUCCAACACCCUCGGACUGGGGGCCCGCGAGGUACUGCUGGGACGUGUACCUCUGCGGAACGAACGGGAAGCCCUGAAGGUGCUUGCGAUUGCACGCAAGAACGGCUACCGAGGCAUUGCGACCGAGGUGUGCAAAGUGCAGAGCCGACGCUACCUUGCCCGGAAACGGUACGGAUCGGCACUCGAUUGGGCCAACGAGUCCGGCGAUGGUGGGUGCAUCAGCGAGGUGGCCAACAUCUUCCUCGAGUAUUACUGCAACCAUGGGGAGCUGCUGUGUGAGGAGACGAUCGCGAACCUGGGCUCGGAGAUGUUUCUUUCGUCGCGGCUCAUGUUUCUCAAAAAGUACCACGAUUUCCGGAAGUACUAUCGUGACCAAGCGUACGCCAGUGCGGCGGAACUGCUCGUCAGUCUGAUGGACUCGAAGAUUAUGCCAUCCUACUUUUGGCCCUGUCUCAUGUCCGAUGCCAUUCCACUGCUCGAGUUCAAGGAACCAAUCAUUCCGUCGAAGGAAACGCUCAUCAUACUCGAGCAUCUGCAGCUGGAUCUCGUUCCGAUGCUGGAGCGCAGACAACAGCAGCGAAAAUCGGCGGAAACCUCUUCACCGGCUAUGCAGGAGCCGAAUGGUGGAGCAUCCGCAUCGGAAGAUGUUACCGAUGAGAUGGCACUCGUACCGAAGUUUGCCUCAAAUCUGCUUAACAACUGCACGGAGGACCUAAUUAAAAUGUUGCGGCUCGCAUGCGCCAGAAAUCUCUCCCGUGCCCUAAUUAUCGAGAAUACAAUCACUGCCUAGAGGGACGGAGGGACGUACUUUUUUUUCAAUAACUAUUACUUGCAAGUACCCCUUUCCCUUUACUGCCAAGAUGGUUCACAAU